AUGGAGCGGAAAGGUGAGCAGUGGUGCGGCCUCCGCCACGAGGGGCAACGGCCUCCGGGGCGAGGCCCAGGUUAGCGCCAGGAGCUUUGCCUGCUCUCUGUAGUCCACUCGGGCAUGCGGCGCCCCUCCACUGAGGUGGCGACGCCCCUCGCCCCCCGCCGCGGGGCUUCUGGUCCGCGCCCCUUAUCCAGGGCGACCUCCCGCGCCGGCCGUCACCUCCCCUUGUUCCCCAGCGGGCCAGCCAAAGCCUGGCCACUGCAAAGCUCGACUCUGGGCGGACGAAGGAGACCCACGCCUGCCGUCCCCUUUACCCGGCCCGAGCCCCCUCCGGCGCAUUCCGCCUGGUCGCUGCUCGUCGCCCCGUGGGCCGAACGCCCCUCUGCCGCCCGCCUCGCGGAAACCGCGGCGUUCGCCCUGCAGCCGCCCCCGAGGCCGGCCCCGCACCCAGCCCUGGCACUACUAGGUCUCCACCCUCACCUUGGUCGCCUCCUUCCUUCCACAUCCGCACUUCAUCAAUCCCUCUCUCCUGCAGUGCUUGCGCUCCAGGCCCGAAAGAAAAGGACCAAGGCCAAGAAGGACAAAGCCCAGAGGAAAUCUGAAACUCAGCACCGAGGCUCUGUCCCUCAUUCUGAGAGUGAUCUACCAGAACAGGAAGAGGAGAUCCUGGGGUCUGAUGACGAUGAGCAAGAAGAUCCUAACGAUUAUUGUAAAGGAGGGUAUCAUCUUGUGAAAAUUGGAGACUUAUUUAAUGGAAGAUACCACGUGAUCCGAAAACUGGGUUGGGGACACUUUUCAACAGUGUGGUUGUCAUGGGAUAUUCAGGGAAAGAAGUUUGUGGCAAUGAAAGUAGUUAAAAGCGCUGAACAUUAUACUGAAACCGCACUAGAUGAGAUUCGGUUGCUGAAAUCAGUUCGAAAUUCAGAUCCCAAUGACCCAAAUAGAGAAAUGGUUGUUCAACUUCUAGAUGACUUCAAAAUAUCAGGAGUUAAUGGAACUCAUAUCUGCAUGGUGUUUGAAGUUUUGGGCCAUCAUCUGCUCAAAUGGAUUAUCAAGUCAAAUUAUCAGGGGCUUCCACUGCCUUGUGUCAAAAAAAUUAUUCAGCAAGUAUUGCAGGGUCUGGAUUAUUUACACACUAAGUGCCGUAUCAUCCACACUGACAUUAAACCAGAAAACAUCUUGUUGUCAGUCAAUGAGCAGUACAUUCGGAGGCUGGCUGCAGAAGCAACAGAAUGGCAACGAUCAGGGGCUCCUCCGCCUUCUGGAUCGGCAGUCAGUACUGCUCCCCAGCCUAAACCAGCUGACAAAAUGUCAAAGAAUAAGAAGAAGAAAUUGAAGAAGAAGCAGAAGCGCCAGGCAGAAUUACUAGAGAAGCGAAUGCAGGAAAUUGAGGAAAUGGAGAAAGAGUCGGGCCCUGGGCAAAAAAGACCAAACAAGCAAGAAGAAUCAGAGAGUCCUGUUGAAAAACCCUUGAAAGAGAACCCACCUAAUAAAAUGACCCAAGAAAAACUUGAAGAGGCAAGCACCAUUGUCCAGGAUCAAACACUUGUGGAACAUGUUGUAGAGGGUGGUGCAGCAGAAAUUAAUUGCAAUGGAGUCCUUGAAACUGUUAAAUAUGCUGAGAACAGUAAUAAAGGCACAUUGAGGCUUAAGGAGGAUCUCCAUAAUGCUAAUGACUCUAUCAUCCAAAAUUUGAAGCAGGAACCUAGUAUCCUCAGCUCACAAAAUGGAGAUAACAACACCUCUCAAGAAAUAGACACUUGUACACCUGUAGCCUUGGAGCCGUCAGAUACCAUGAUGUGCCAGCCUUCCUCCAAUGUAGACCGGGACAUCAGCCAACUUCAGGAAAGCAUUCGAGCAGAGAUACCUUGUGAAAAUGAGCAAGAACAAGAACAUAAUGGACCACUGGACAACAAAGGGAAAUCUACUGCUGGGAAUUUUCUUGUUAAUCCUCUUGAGCCAAAAAAUGCAGAAAAGCUCCAAGUGAAGAUUGCUGAUCUUGGAAAUGCCUGUUGGGUGCACAAACAUUUUACUGAAGAUAUUCAAACAAGGCAGUACCGCUCCUUGGAAGUUCUAAUAGGAUCUGGCUAUAAUACUCCUGCUGAUAUUUGGAGCACCGCAUGCAUGGCUUUUGAGCUGGCUACAGGUGACUAUUUGUUUGAACCUCAUUCAGGGGAAGAGUACACUCGAGAUGAAGAUCACAUUGCACUCAUCAUAGAACUUCUGGGAAAGGUGCCUCGCAAGCUCAUUGUGGCAGGAAAAUAUUCCAAGGAAUUUUUCACCAAAAAAGGUGAUUUGAAACACAUCACAAAGCUGAAACCGUGGGGCCUUUUUGAAGUUCUAGUGGAGAAGUAUGAGUGGUCCCGGGAAGAAGCAGCUGGAUUCACAGAUUUCUUACUGCCCAUGUUGGAGCUGAUCCCGGAGAAGAGAGCCACCGCGGCCGAGUGUCUCCAGCACCCCUGGCUCAGUUCUUAA